AUGUUCCCUACAGAACCAAGCACUAUAUAUUGCCUCUUCCUACUCUGCUGGAUAUUUCUUACCUCAAACGCCGCUAUCGACCGACACUCCCUCGUAACCCGCUACAACCCCACUCGAAUUACGUCCAACCCAACAACACCCAUGCAAGUCGGUAACGGCAACUUUGCUUUCGGCGCCGAUAAAAAUGGCUCACCUCCACCAAAUCGCACCAUGGAGGAUGUACACAAUUACAAAGGCGAAUCGCGGUACAAUCAUGGGAGAUUGGUGCAGUAUGACUUUGGUGGAGAUCCGGAGAUUGAGCAAUGGUUGACUGCGAAUCUCAAUCGGGUGAACUUGGGAACUGUCGGGCUGGUUUUUCUGGACGCGCAAACAGGCUUAAUCCAGAACGUUUCGGAAAGCGAUCUCAGCGACGUUCACCAAACGUUGGAUUUAUGGACGGGAAUCAUGUCAAGCGAAUUCACCUACGAGGAUACGACCAUUUAUGUGACCACUACUUCGGCGCAGGAUAUAUCUGCAAUCACAGUCACAGUCUCCUCUCCUCUCCUAUAUCCCAAUACGAGUAACGCCUUGACUCGUCUCGGGAUUUUUCUCGACUUUCCUUGGGGAGACCGUUCUCAAAUGUUCAGUGCUCCGUUCGUAGGAAACUUUAGCUCUGCCCUUUUCGAUAACCAUACCACCACGUUAUUGGACCAUAGCGAAAUUCAGGCUCAGAUUCAACAUCAAAUGGUAGACGCGAUAUUCUAUACCGCGGUCGAAAGUUCUACUAAAUUCGACAUCACACGCGAUUCGCCUAUCGCUCACCGCUACACAAUCCUUCCCCACUCAGACACCAACUCUCUCUCCCCCGUAAUCUCAUACAACUCCACCCUCCCUUCCUCGCUCCCUUCUUCCGAUUCACUCGUUCAAUCAUCCAUUGCCGCCUGGGAAUCAUAUUGGAUGAAAAGUGGUUUCGUCGAUCUCUUUAGCGGUUCAACAGAUUCCAGAGCCGACGAAUCGCAGAGAAUGAUCAUCCUUUUCGAGGCGGAGGAGGAUCCACCGCAAGAGUCAGCAAAUUCCACCAUGGAAGAAUACUUCUGGCACUCCGCCCACUGGGCUCCGUGGUCCAACUGGGAUCUUCUUCGCCGUUCCUCAAACGUCUACACCUCCUUCCUCCCUACCUCUCUUGUCCGUCACCAAAUCCAACAAGGCUGGUCCUCUGGUGCCCGUUGGCCCAAAAUGACCGAUCCCUCAUGUCGUGUUUCCCCCGGCAAAAGCAACAACCUCUCAAUAUGGGAACAGCCCCAUCCAUUAAAAUGGAAAGAUGUGGUGAAGGCGACAGCGGAUUGGAUGGCGGAUCUGGGUCCGCCGUUAUACGUCGUUUCGGAGGAUACAUCCCCAAAUGUGACUGUGAACCCUGCUUUUGAAUUGGCGUAUUGGCGGUUUGGGCUUGGUCUGGCAGAGGCGUGGUUCAACGAACUCAGAAAAAUCAAAAACAACCUCGCUCCUCUCCCAAUUCAGAAUAACGGUACUUCUACGGUGUAUACCGUCUAUGAAGGCAUUGAACGUGAUUUCUGGAUGGAUCCAGCAUAUAUCAAUGAUCAUCCUUCCUUGGUGGGAUUACAUGGGAUAGCAAAGGUGACGAUGGAGGAGGUGUGGGCGAGGUGGAAUUUUAGUAAUUGCUGGGGAUGGGACUUCCCUAUGCUAGCAAUAAAAGCUAUCGAGUGGUUACUACAUCCGUUAUUCCAAUUUGACGAUGUUGGAAUGCCGAUAGGCGGGGUGAGGGUGCCUACACCAUACUUCCCUGGAUCCGGUGCUCUACUCUGUGCAACGGCGAUGAUGGCGCAAGGGUGGAACGGGAGUGACGAGAAGGAAAGAGAAGGGGGAAAGGCACCAGGCUUCCCGAGAGCUGGGUGGAAUGUGAGCGUCGAGGGGUUAAGCACGGCGCUAUGAAGGAAAUGAUGGAUGAUAGUUCUUUUGAUCAGAACUCAGGGAACACACAAAUGAGAUUUCGAAAGACCUUUCUUGUCGUGUUUUGUUUUGGCUAUUACACUUAUCGUUUCAGGUACAGCUAUGUACUACCAUGCUCUUCCUUUGUCCACGAAUUGUAUCUGUGUCUCACCGUACAUUACGGAAAGCAACCAAUCUCGGUGCAAU